GACAUGUUUUCCAACUUGAGGAAGUUUGGAGGAAAUCAUAAGAAAAUACCCAUCCUGCAUGUUAAUAAUAUGUGUUGCUCUGAAAUAAGAGCAAGUUUAAAAAGAUUGAAGCCAUGUGUGCCUCUUGGAAGAAACUACAGUUCUCUACCAGGUUUAGUUGGAAAUGAUAUCAAAUCCCUUCGUUCUGUCAUCAGUCCUCCCAUAGCUAAAAUCCGUAAUAUUGGAAUUAUGGCUCAUAUUGAUGCAGGCAAAACUACCACCACAGAAAGAAUAUUGUACUACUCUGGAUACACAAGAUCACUGGGAGAUGUUGAUGAUGGAGACACUGUGACAGAUUUCAUGGCUCAAGAGCGGGAAAGAGGCAUUACCAUUCAGUCUGCUGCUGUUACAUUUGAUUGGAAGGGGUAUAGAGUCAAUCUAAUUGAUACGCCAGGUCAUGUGGACUUUACCUUGGAGGUUGAGCGCUGCCUUAGAGUGUUGGAUGGUGCAGUAGCUGUGUUUGAUGCCUCUGCUGGUGUAGAGGCACAAACUGUCACAGUAUGGAGGCAAGCUGAUAAACACAAGAUACCUCGAAUCUGUUUUUUAAACAAAAUGGACAAAACUGGAGCAAGUUUUAAGUAUGCAGUUGAAAGCAUCAGAGAGAAGUUGAAGGCAAAGCCUUUGCUUUUACAGUUACCACUUGGUGAAGGCAAAGCUUUCAAAGGCGUUGUGGAUGUUGUAAGUAAAGAAAAACUUCUUUGGAAUCGUCAGUCAGAGGAUGGAAAAGACUUUGAGAGGAAACCCCUCUUGGAAAUGAGUGAUGCUGAAUUGCUGAAGGAAACAACUGAAGCAAGGAAUGACUUAAUUGAACAGGUUGCGGAUUUGGAUGAUGAAUUUGCUGACUUGGUUUUAGGAGAAUUUAGUGAAAAUUUUGAUUUGCUACCAGCUGAAAAGCUACAGACUGCAAUACACAGAGUAACACUGGCUCAGACAGCAGUGCCUGUGCUUUGUGGAAGUGCCCUGAAAAACAAAGGGGUUCAGCCCUUGUUAGAUGCUAUUACUAUGUACUUGCCUUCACCCGAAGAGCGCAACUCUGAAUUUCUGCAGUGGUAUAAGGGUGACUUAUGUGCCCUGGCAUUUAAAGUUCUUCAUGACAAGCAGCGGGGACCACUGGUGUUUCUGCGCAUUUACUCAGGCAUGAUAAAACCCCAGUCGGCCAUUUAUAAUAUUAAUGGAAACUGCACGGAGAGAAUAAGUCGUCUUCUUCUGCCAUUUGCUGACCAACAUACAGAAAUCCCUUCCCUGACUGCUGGUAACAUUGCUUUGACUGUUGGCCUUAAACAUACUGCCACUGGAGACACCAUUGUCUCGUCCAAGUCCAGUGCAUUAGCUGCAGCUCGUCGAGCCGAAAGGGAAGGAGAAAAGAAGCAUAGACAAAACAAUGAAGCAGAGAAACUUUUAUUGGCUGGAGUGGAGAUUCCAGAACCUGUUUUCUUCUGUACCAUAGAGCCCCCUUCAGUGGCUAGGCAGCCAGAUUUGGAUUAUGCACUGAAAUGCCUUCAGCGUGAAGAUCCCAGUUUGAAAGUGAAGCUGGAUCCUUUCUGGACAGAGAGUGGUCAAACCGUCCUCUGUGGUAUGGGGGAGUUACAUAUUGAGAUUAUUCAUGACCGAAUCAAAAGGGAAUAUGGACUGGAAACCUAUCUAGGGCCUCUCCAGGUGGCAUACCGAGAGACCAUCCUAAAUGCAGUUCAUGCCACAGAUACCUUAGAUAGAACUUUAGGAGACAAACGGCAUCUUGUGACUGUAGAGCUGGAAGUAAAACCAAUUGAAACAUCCUCUGUUACGCCAGUUAUCAAGUAUGCUGCAAGUGUUAGUGAAGAUCUUCCAAAGGUCUCCCAAGAGGCCAUUGAAAAUGGAAUUCACAGUGCAUGCCUCCAAGGACCAUUGCUUGGAUCCCCAAUUCAAGAUGUGGCGAUUACUUUACAUUCACUGGUAAUUCAUCCUGGUACCUCCACAACGAUGAUUUCUGCCUGUGUCUCGAGAUGCAUACAAAAGGCUCUGAAGAAAGCUGAUAAGCAAGUUUUAGAGCCUCUGAUGAAUCUCGAGGUGACGGUGACAAGAGAUUACCUCAGCCCUGUCCUGGCAGAUCUGGCACAAAGAAGAGGAACCAUUCAGGAAAUCCAGACUCGUCAGGAAAACAAAAUUGUUACUGGAUUUGUUCCCUUAGCAGAAAUUAUGGGUUAUUCAACUGUGCUUCGAACACUUACCUCCGGCUCAGCUACUUUUGCCUUAGAACUCUCUAAUUAUCAAGCCAUGAAUCCUCAAGACCAAACUGCACUGCUCAGCCAGCGGGGUGGCUUGACCCAAGUGCUGUAGGUCUUCGGAGACCACCUCACGAGCACCUCCCUACUGCUUUUUCAGGCAACGUUGCUGUUGUGUGGUCAGCAGAACCUUGGGAGGUAUUCGUGCUCUUGGCACCAAAAAACGGUAGCAAACUUUAUUCCCAUAGUGCUUGUUAGCAUAUUUUGACUUUCAGUUUUACCAAAACUUACUUGGGUUCCAGAACCAUUUUUCCCUCUUGUUGCCAAUGAACAGUGUGCCAGAAUCUCAGAAAAUACCUUCGAGAAAGUUACGUCAAUUCCUAGUAGACUUACAGUUUUGAGAUACUUUUUAAUGCUAAUGUCCUUUUCCUUGAAGGAAAUUUUGUAAAAUCUGGUGUUUAAUGAAGCUGGACAAAGUAGAACUGUUCUUAAGGAACAGGGUCUGAGAGCCACCAUUCCUCCUACUACCCCGUCCCUCCAAGGAUGCAGACCCAAAGACUACACAGCCUAAAAUCCGUGGAACUGGACCACAGCCUUCCUCAUAUCUUAGCAGAGGAGAUACAAGGUUAAUGCAAUCAAGGGUCUUUAGGGAAGAAAACAAAGUCAUGAUGUUUGCUUCACUUACCAUCAAAAUCAAGAGGGUCCACUUUAUAGUAAUUUCUCCAAUCUUGUCCGUAACUAAUCCAAUCUAAGUACCAAGGAGCAGAAAGGAUCACAGGGAAGCCAGCUGCCGUGACUGCAGCUUGUGUCACAUGAUACAUUUCAUUUUUCCAUACUUGAACAACUGUGCCUGGGUUUAGCUAUUAAAGUUAAAAACAGCAUGUGUGAUGAGGUCCAACAAUUACAAAUGAAAUUAAAGCCAUUGUAGCUAGAAAAAUAACUUCCCAAGAUUCUUGAAAAAAAACAUUUUCCCCCCGUCAGAGCUAGUACUAAACAUUACUGGCUGUAGAGCCUUAAAAUUACAAGUUUCAUCAGCCUUAAGGUUGGAUAUUUAACUUCUGCCUAUAUAAGACACCACAUUGGUAAAAUGCACUAAGGCUUCACUCCCAUUUGUACCACACUACCGUUAUUCUGACUUUGGAACUUUGAGGAUUUCACUAACCCUUCUGGAAAGAUAAUACUAGUAGCUGGUUUUGAAAUAGUCAGUUACCUGAAGGAAAAUAAAAAGCAUAUACAUUGACAAUUUAAAACUACCUUUGUUGCAAUAAAGACUCAUUCAUUCUUGUUU